UAUGCGGCUUUUACUUUUCUGGCGUGCGAUACAGAGUAGCCAGCCUAGCUGACAUUGUCUUUUUGUACCUACCUCAGUUCCUCUAGCCAACAUUGUUUGAUCGGAGUCGAACAGUCACUUGAACGAAGGAGGAUCUAUUGGCUUUGCAUUUACUAGUCUUCUGGCUAACUUGUUUUUUUUUCUCAGAGCUAUAGGGCUUGAUCCACGCUGCACUUCCCUAUCAUUUGGCAUUGCGUAGAUAGCUGGUGUCCGUCUAGCCACCAAGUUAAAAAUAAUUAAACCACAAAGGCUACGCCAUUCAUUUUAGUUUGAUUUCCUUUUUUUGUUUUCAACACCGGGAUGAUAUUAAAAUCGUUACCGUGCAUAUGAAUAACCUCGCUGUAGUUUAGCUUCUGUCUAGCCGUUUUUGUUUGGUUUUGUCUUUGAUCGUUUAGCCUGAAAAUAAAGUUUGUAGCUAUCUACUUAGCUGGUGAGCCACCCUGCUAGCCACACGCGGUUAAUCAGAAUUAUGGAAGACAAUAGGAUGCAGAACGCUGUUGAAUUCAUCAAAGAUCAGCUCUAUUUUGCCAUCCUUCAACAGAAGAUUAAAAGCACCGCGGACAGGCAUUACUUUUGUAUAGACGAUGAACUCUCCUAUGAAAACUUCUACGCAGACUUCGGCCCCCUUAACUUGGCCAUGUUUUAUCGCUUCUGCUGCAAACUCACCAAGAAGCUCAAGUCCCUCACGCUUGCGAAGAAGAAAAUUAUUUUUUACACUUGCGGUGACCAGAAGAAGCAGGCGAACGCGGCCUACCUUAUCGGCUCCUAUGCUGUAAUGCAUCUGCAGAAGACUCCAGAGGAAGCCUACAGCCUCCUGGUCUCUCGAAACGCCACUUACCUACCGUUCAGAGAUGCUUCAUUUGGAACUUGCAUGUACCAUUUAAACAUCCUGGACUGUUUGAGAGCCGUCCACAAGGCGUUGCAGUUUGACUGGCUUGAUUUUUCCAAAUUUGAUGUUGAGGAGUAUGAACAUUACGAGAGGGCAGAGAAUGGCGAUUUCAACUGGAUUGUUCCUGGGAAGUUCUUAGCCUUCAGUGGACCCCAUCCUAAAAGCAAGAUCGAGAAUGGUUACCCCCUCCACGCCCCAGAGGCCUACUUUCCAUACUUCCGCAAGCACAACAUCACCACCAUCAUCCGCCUCAACAAGAAGAUGUACGAUGCCAAGCGCUUCACCAACAUGGGCUUCGAGCACCAUGACCUGUUCUUUGUGGACGGGAGCACGCCUAACGAUGCCAUCGUCACCAAGUUCAUGAACAUCUGUGAAAACGCUGAGGGAGCCAUUGCUGUUCACUGUAAAGCUGGCCUGGGCCGAACGGGCACACUGAUUGGAUGCUACAUGAUGAAGCACUACAGGCUCACGGCGGCCGAGGCCAUCGCUUGGAUCAGAAUCUGCCGACCCGGAUCAGUCAUUGGGCCACAGCAGAACUUUGUAGAAGAAAAGCAGGCCAGCCUGUGGGCGGAGGGAGACCUCUACCGCGAAAAGAUGAAGGAGCAGGAGAACAGCCUUAGUACAAUGGCCGUCACCAGAAUCCUGUCCGGGGUAGACGACAUCUCCAUCAACGGGAGCAACAAGAAUAAUGCGCCGGCCAGGCACGAGGGCGAGCUGUAUAAUGAUGAGGAGGAGAAAAACAGCAUAACGCAGGGAGACAAGCUGCGAGCACUGAAAAGCAGGAGGCAGGCGCGCACGUCCACGGGCUCCCUGACAUUAGAAGAGAAUAAAAUUCAUACCAGGUCCUCAUCACAAUCGCUACGGAUCAUUUUGCAGUCCAGCCUGCAGAGUUGUAAGACAGUGAAGUCUGCCAGCUUAGCUGAGGGUGUGGACACCAGAAAGAGGACACGCUCCUCGCUGGGCCACACCGGAUUGGGAAGCCAGUUGUUAAAUGCGAGACUAGCCAGGUCGCUAGGCAACUUGAACGUAGUGACUAGUGACCAGCAUGAGGAGAACGGUGAGCCGAGAGCUGGCUCUAGAGUUCUAAACAGUACGGCCAUCCAGAUGAGCAACCUAAACGCCAUAAACGCGAACCACCAGCACCACCUCGACCCUCUGGAGGCGGGCCCAGAUAGCCAGUUCAGCACCCGCCUUAGUGGGAGUGAUCUGUGUCUCUCUCACUCAGCUAAGCGUGUCCAGGGGACGGAAAUCUCGGUGCUCUCUGCAGACGAUGCGAUUCGCGAGACUAUGCCACUCCAUACCCAAGGCUAGAGUGCCACUCCGGUGAGACUAAGUCGUUUUUGGGGAAGUGUUCUGGGAAUCGACUGUCCAGCCCCAAGAGCAUCUGCGUGUCCGACAUCACCGACAAAGGGACUAAAUGGAGGAAAUGAAAUGUAUGUGGAUGUCCGUUUUCUUCAGAUGUGGAGAGUGUUUUCACUUUGAGCAGUGAGAGAAACCCAGCCUGUCAGAAGGGAGUUGCGAGUGGAUUCGCAGCUCGAUUUCCAGGGAACCGUUUGAUGCCAACCCUCUGUCUUGAGGCUUUUUUUUUUUUCCUUUUUUGAUUUUGAUGUUUGUAUCAUGUGAUGGCUAACUUGUUAGGGCUUCAGUUGUAUUGGUAUAAGCCUGACUGUUCAGUUUACAUACCUGUGAAAGUCUAACUUUAACCCCCCCCCAUACUCACUCAUGGCCAUUGCUUUCCUCGUGAACUGAAGUGAAAUUUUGUCUGUUUUGGCUCUCCGUUAAGCUGCUGUACUUUAUACUGUAAAUACGUAAACAUUUAAUAUACUUCAACAGAUCUGGUGUAAUUUUAUACUUGUAAAUACAUUUUUAUUUGGUACUUUGUAGUUUUUUGAUUAAUCAUGCUUUUCAGAUUCCAAAGCCAAGCUUAUGAAUGUCUUUGGAGCAGCAUUUCAUUCAUAUUGAUAAUGGUAUUGUGUAUGACAAACAUUUGUGUGACUACAGUACAUGCAAUUACAAAACCUGUAGUGCUAAUUUUUCCAAUAAAAUCCUUCCAU